CCUCCGCCGCCUCCGCCUCAUGGCGGAGUGCCAAAGGGUUCUGGCUUGCCUCCAGGAAAAUAUGACAUUUUUGUCAUUCCCGAGCACUCCUCUGGAGGUGGAUUCUUGUACCUACCGUCCAUGCAACCGAACGUAAAUAGUUUCGCGGCUGGCUUCGCUUCAGCUCUGAUCCUCGUCGUCCUUGGCCAGACUUUGGCUCCUGCUUUCCGUACGUGGUGGGAAGGCUUCCAUGGGUUAGGAAACAUGGCAAUAGCGAUGCUGGUUGUGGGUGUUGGCUUCGGUGCAUGGGCACUUGGUCGUUUCCAAAAUCAGGACAAGGGUUUCCCAGGUAGCGGAGGUGCAAACGCCGGAGCGCCCCCUCCCCCUCCUCCUCAUGGCACUCCUCCUCCACCACCACCUCAUCAUGAUACACCCCCAAGGCCACCGCCUCAUGAUGAUCCUCCAAGAGAUCCUCCAAGAGAGCCGUCACCUCCACCAAAACCUCGGGCUGAAACUCCCCCUCCUCCACCAAAGCCCAAGGCCAAACCGGAACCCAAGCCAGAGCCGGAACCCGAGCCUGAACCGGCCCCUGCAUCCAAAGCUGAAAAGUCUGAGCGUGAAAAGCAAAAGGGUUCAUGGGAAAAGGCGCGUGAGGAAAUGAGGAAGAAGGAAGAGGAGCGUAAAAUCAGGGAAGCCGAGCAAAAACGACGUGAGGAAGCCGCAAAGAGACUCGCUGAGCUGAGGGCGAAGGAUGCCAAGGAACGACAAGAAAGAGAGAAGGAGAGGCAGCGCAAAGAGCAAGAGGCGCGAGAUAAGAAGGAGCGCCUCGAAGCUGAGCAGCGAGCCAAGGAACUUGCCAUCAAGCUAGAAGAAGAGCGAAAAGAACGGGAACGCCUGGAGAAGGAGGCCAAGGAAGCCCAAAAGGCUGAAAAGGAACAGGCUGAAAGAGAAAGAGCUGCAAGGGAAACUGCAGAUCGACAGCGCAUGAGUUAUGCCUACUCAGGUGUUGGUGAGAAGAUCAGCAUGUGGCCAAACGGUCGCCCACCAGCUGCACCCAAGUCUACGACCUCUUCUGCUUCCAAGCCUCCUCCAAGCGCUGCUUCUUCUCAACGAAAGCCUGGUCCCGCUCCUUCUGCCGCCAAGUCCAACGUCUCUGGCGUCAGCACGGAGAACUCAUAUCGACCCUACGAUAAGCCCAAGCAACCGAAGCGUAGGGGCUCUGUCUCUUCGCUUGGCUCUGAAUCGUCGUGGGCUGCAUCGCAGACUACGGGUCGAACAACGCCGCCUCUUUCGACACGUGCUGGGCCCUAUUCAACCAAGGAUCCCGACAAGAUUGUCAUCUCAGGUGUUUACCUUUUCAUGAACCAGUUCUCCAAGACGCCCGCCAGUCAACUUAUCUCGGGUGUUGGAACUGUAACCGACGGACUCAUCCUCCGUGUGACAACCGAAGGCCUUUUUAUUGAUGAUGACGUCCGAAAUGUACCGCAGCGGGAAUGGGACGUCAAAACUUGGACGCUGAAACAAGUAGAGGUAUGGUGCCCCCCGCAUUGCUUGAAAUCGCCUGCUUCUUCCCCCGCCCCCGGUACCAAACCGAACCCCUUGCUUUACAAAAUGGCCUCGUCUCGAGCACGCGAUCGUGGAGCGACUCAACCUCUCGUAGGUGAAGAAGCCGACGUUUACCUGACCGAGAUGCUGCGCGCAUGCAAAACUUGUUGUCGUCUUGGUUUAUGCAAUCGUACAUUUCGAGAUACUAACAUUCCGUCUUCGACUGGCCAGACUGGAGAGUGGAAAUCUAAAGGCCUUCACCUACUACGGGCCACGAACCGAGAAGGAAAACGAUACCUAUUCGUCAUCGAUGAGUCGGAGAGUUGGAAGGUAUCUACCGGACUCCAGCGUCUUCGAAAGAGCCCUCUUGCCCAACAGCUUGCUGUCAGCGGCAUGGCAGCUUCGGAUGCUCGAGAAACCCUUGAGAUGCUGGGCUGGGCCUAA